AACCUUGUUAUCGGUGUCAAACAACGACUGAGCUUGUCUAACCUGUUUGUUUGUAUGCGUUUAGUCUUCUUUUCUGUUCGUCGUCUUUACACACACGCACUUAAUUUAGCAACGGGACGAACGAACAACAUGCCCAAAAGACAAAAAAAUUACUCAUUGAAAAACAUUUCAUAUUGUAGUCGUCGUCGUUGUCGCUGGGUGACUGUCCAUGGCUUCAAUACUUGCUAGAAAUAGCAGCCACAAUCUCUUUGAAACCACACCCUUAUGUAUGUCUUAAAAAGCAAAUAAAAUCAGUGGAAUUCGUUGGAUAAUAUAGUCGUCUUAGGUAUAUAAAGCCUGAUUAAAAGUUGGGAUGGUCACGAGUGGGCGGUCUUUAAUCGUAGAUCAUACGUACUUUAUUAGUAUUACCGCCAGCGUCAGACCACGAGAACUUCGUUGUAAAAGUUCUUGACACGCGAAUGACAGAGAAUCUCUUAAAAAAUUUGUUUAAACGAAUCACGUAAGAGGUUUCCCUCAAUUACUGGAACCGCUCGUAACUACGAGGGAAAGACAGAUAGACAAGGAGAUAGAGAGAGGGAAAAGACAGAGAGAAAGAGAGAGAGAGAGAAAGAGAGAGAGAGAGAGAGAGAGAGAGAGAGAGAGAGAGAGAGAGAGAAAGAGAGAGAGAGAAAGAGAGAGAGCUGCCAGUGUCCCUUCUAAUGACGAUGUUUAUUUGAGGAAAAAGUUAUAUAACUUUUCGUGUUCGGGUGGACGGGUAGCCGGCUUUUGGGUACGUUACAAAAUAUCCAGGCUACACCCAGUUGGAUUCUUACCGUCAGAGUUGAAACGAAAUCAAGGAAUCACAGCAGGGCCCUGUAAGACUGCCAGUACCAAAGGUUGUGUACAACUAUAAACUGUCACAUCCAAAUAGCAGUUACUUGCCUUUGAAAACAAACCAAAACCAACCCAAAACUACAUAAAAAAUAUGGGUUGCCACCAGAAACUGAUUCUACUACUCUUACCAUUCUUGUCUCUGUUAAUGUCAUUCAUUUGAUUCAAAGAAGACAAGAAGAAUAGUGAUGCAAACAUGGAGGAAAAUGGUGACACAGUUUCAGUUGAUUCUGCUUCAGCUUCCAAAAAUCCUUCCCUAACAGAGUGGCAUGACAUGGAUUUAUAUGACAGCAUCCCUGCUCGUUAUCAAGAAUGUAACGCUCUUUGUGAUGCCGCUCUUUCUAAUUCCUGUGAAGAUCCUGGUUCACUGGCUUUAGCAGGCUUUUCUGAUAAUGAUAACAUUGAUUCACAGCCUUCAGAAUGUUUCACCAGUGUUCAGACUGAAUAUGAAACAGCCGAUCAGGAGGAAGAAGGCAUUUAUGCAGUACCAAUUCUCUGUGACAGACAACUAUACACAUCACCUCCUCUGAAACAUAGCCAAAGUGAAAGCGCUUGUCUGAAUACUACAGGUGUGCAGAACACAAAUUCAGAUUACGAUUACGAUGGCAAAGGUUUUUACAAUACUUCUGGAGAAGCAUUAAGUUUACAGCCACUGUUGGAUAAUGAUGUUGUUAGUAUUCAGACAGAGAAUUUGUACGAAACUUUGAGCAUAAAAAGUAAACAGCCUUCUAGCCUAACUCCAGAGAAACAGAAUGGAAAUUUACGGAGAAGGAUUUUUAGGAGAAGGAAGCAGAAUAAGAAAUGGAAUAUUUUCAGACGAUCAGAUCCCUUCAGUUUCACCACAUCUUUGACAGAUGAAGGAGACAGUAAGAAACAGAGUACUAAAUUACAGUCACAGAAAUCUGCUCCAGUACUUUCUCAGGCAACCAUCGGCUCCAAUGAUCUAUCCUGUGACGACUCGUAUAACACCCAGCAAUUAUCUCAAGAAUCCGAUGUCAGCUGGCCCUCUGAUGAAUUUGACUGUUCGGACAAUUUAAAUUCUGACUCUGAGGAUGAGGAGUACCGAAACAAACCGCUUCCACCAAUUCCAAAAAAACAACCUUAUCGAUUCUCAGAGUCUGAUGUGGCAGUUGUUUUAUUAAACAAAAUUCGCAAUACGGGAACAAAAGAUUUCAGCGAUAAUGAAGAAGAAAGUUUAUGUCUUCCGGUGACUCUGAAGGCUGAAAUAUCCCCACAUUUGCCACCCCCUCCAGAAGGCCUCACACGUAAACAGAUCAAAAGGCGGUGUGUGUUAGAAUGUAUCAUAUCCAGCGAAAAGUCGUAUAUCGAAAGUCUCCAGAGAAUACACAACGAUUACGAGACUCCAAUUCUGGAAGCUGUUGACUCACAGAAAUCUAAAGUGAAAAGUUCUCUGAAAAAGUUACGGGAGAUACUCAACUACCAUCGCAUGUUCCAGAUCGAACUGGCCAAUCGUGUCAAUGAAUGGCAGGAAGAAAAUAUCAUUGGAGACAUCUUUAUCGCAUCGUUCUCAAAGUCAAUGGUACUUGAUGCUUACAGUGUAUACGUGAAUAAUUUUACUGCCACCAUGGAAGAUAUCAAGAAGCUACAAAGAACUCGACAGUCAUUCAGGGAUUUCCUAAAACAAAAGGAAGCAAAUAGCCCAGACCGUCUGUCAAUAUUUGCCCUAAUGGUGAAGCCAAUUCAGAGAUUCCCACAGUUUAUCAUGUGUCUUCAGGAUCUGCUUAAAUACACACCCAAGGGUCAUGAAGACCGAAAGGCCCUCCAGCUUGCUGUGACCAUCCUGGAGAAUCUGGCUCUCAAAUUGAAUGAUCGGAAACGAGAGAGUGAGAAGAAAUUUGCAGCCAAACAACUAUCGGUGAAGAUUCGGAUGUCAGCGUUCCAUAACUCCUUCUUGAUCCGUGAAGAUGACAUGUUUUAUAUCGUGAAUAAUUGUACAAAGAAGCGGCGAUUAAUAAUGCUAAAUGAUGCACUUGUGUGUAUCAAGGUGCAGGAGAGUGACAGAGAUGGCGAGCUCAUUGAACGGUACAAACACAAGUGGACUGUCCCUUUACAGGAUGUACGGCUAAAGUCCAGCUGUACCAUACCACCUAAGAUGAAAUCUCCAUAUACACCAACAGGAGAACCAUAUGGCUUCCAAAGAAUUGACUCUAAAAGUAAAAAUGUAGAAGACAUUUAUGAAGAGAUCCAUGCAAUGAAUCAUGAUUAUAUCAUAUGGAGCCAAAUGCACAACCUUGCUUCAUCCCUCAAACUAGCAUAUGAUGCCCUUAACGAAGAGUUAAUCAAUGGAAUAUUGAGUGACCUUCAGCGCAGUAUUCAAGUCCAAACUGAACAAGUCCAGCUUGUGAACAACUGUAUCAUAGAACUGGAGAUUCCUGACAAAUCAGGAAAAGUUCAUGAAGUUUUCCAGACAUGGACUCCAACAAUGAAACAACAUUGGUGCCUGGAUUUGGCCAUUGCCAAAUUAGCAUUAAGUCCACAAAACCAACCUGGCUGGGAUGUACCUGUUUUAAACACCGAUCAGCUGACUGAGAGCCUUUCUGCCUUCCACGUUAGUUCCUUAGCCAUUGACGUGUCAACUCACAUGAGUCAGCUUCAGUGUGCUGUCGGUGUCUAUCUGCAGUCUUUUACUGGUUACGACAUAAAAAUCCCUCACAUCUGGGUAUGCAGCAACAUUGCUGAUACUGGUGGUCAAGUGUCCAUUAUAUCAGUGCAGACAGGCUGCAGUUCUGUCUAUCUGAAUGAAGCAUUCCAGGCCACUGAUUCAGCCAUAACAUGUGUGGAGAGUGUCGUAGGUAACAGCAGCCACGAUGGUUGGGCCACAUCCAUGGAUACAGUCUGGAUGGCAACUGAGGCAUGCAAAAUGUACAUCUAUGGCUUGCAGAUUUGUAAGAGCAAACAACGACAACCAAUCAAAGUGUUUGAUUUACCUGGCAAAGUUCUGCAUCUGCUCUAUGUUGGAGACAAAAUAUUUGCUGGCAUGGAUAAUGGAUCUGUUUUAAUAUUUGAAAGGAAAGCAGAUGAAGAUUAUAGUUGGUGUGUUGAGCAUCCAGAAGUAAUCAGUCUCAGUUCUAGUCCCAUUGUUUGUUUACUGGACAUCACAUGUGAUGACUGUAUUUUAGCUGCAAGUGAUAAUAUGAUAUACAAGAUAGAUUACUUCACUGGAAAAGUACAGGUCUCCUGUUGCCUGUCCCCUGAAGGUGUUAUCCAACAUAUAGUGCAGGCAGGAGUUGGUAUCUGGGUCUCAUAUCAGAACAGCCCAACCAUACAUCUCUAUCAUAUAGAGAAUUUGAAUCUCUUACAGGAAAUCAAUAUUGCUUCGGCUGGAACAAGGGUCCUUCCUGCAGAUUCCCAAAAAGAAUGUACUGUGACGUGUCUUCUGUCAAGUCUUGGAAUGUUAUGGAUUGGAACGAACCUUGGCCUCUUGGUGUCGUUUCCUUUGCCUCGCUUACGAAAUGGUGUUCCUCUAGUCAGUGGGCGUCCAUUUGUCUCAUAUCAUGGCCACAAAGAAACUGUCCGAUUUCUAUUACCUUUCAUGUUGGGUUACAGAACAAAAACUGGCAGCAACACUUCGCAAUACAAUUCCAAAACGCUGUCCAUGGCGUCCAAGAUUCAAACACUGAGGACCACUGGCGGCAAUUCUCGCUUCGAGGACCUCAUUGAGGCUGACAAUGGUGUUAAGAUUGAAAAUGAUGAUGAGGAUGAUGAUGACGACAACCAAACAUUGGUUGAGGAGAGCUAUAAGAUGCUACAGAUGGAACUGAAAGCAAAACUGUCCAAACGCUACAACUCAACACCAAAUCUACUUAUUGAAGAAGACGAGGACAAAAAUGAAGUGGUAAAUGUGCAAAAUAAGGAACAGAGAGGUACAAAGGAAAUGGAAGUGUUGUAUCGAAGUCUGAUGGGUAAUUCAAUUAGGAGGGCACGCACACAAUCCCUUCACCACCACCGGUUAUCGAAGCAGCGGGGUCGGGCUAAUAGUGGUGGCCAGCAUGGAAACUUUGAUAGUAAGUUUGGUAGUUAUAAUGACAAUGGCAUUAAUAGCCGAAACACUUUAGCAGCCAUCAAGGGGAAUCCACUUUCGUCUCUGUCACAAAAGUACACCAAAAAUUCAGCCAUCCGUCGCAGAAGCAAAGAUGAAACAAUGUGCCAAAAUGUUAGUGCCGGUCAUGAGUUCAUGGUCGCUGGUGCAUCCACCACUUCUGACAGCACUCUUACUACUACUACUACUACUACUACUACAACUACUACAACAACAAUACCAACAUCAACAUUAGUCCCAACAACAACAACGACAUCUGCAACAACAACAACAGCAACAACAACAACAACUGUGGUAGAGAAGAAAAAAGCAACGUUGGUGAGACAAAAACCUACUGAAGAGAUGAAUGAGGACCCAGUUCCUGAAGCGGAUGCUGACAAUUCGGAAACAGCUUUGACAACAAACACAAGCACAAACACAGCCAUCACUACAACACCGACAUCUUCGACAACAACAGCACCAACAAUAUCUUCAUCAUCAUCUUCAUCACCAUCAUCACCAUCAUCACCAUCAUCAACGACAACAACAGCAGCAACAGCAGCAUCAUCAAUGACCACAGCAACAGCAGCAACAACAACAGCAACAACAACAACAACAAUGGCAACACCGCCGCCGCCAGCAUCACCAACAGCAAGAAACCAUUUCUCAUCUCUGCAGUCACAAAUGUCCCAAAGUUCUAGAAUAUGGGAAUUCCAGGAAGAAUCAGACUGUAACUCAAUAAUGAUAGUCAGUGGAGGUAAUGGAUAUUUUAAUGCUAGUCCAAACACAGCAGCCAAUAAAACCAGCAGAGGAAACGAUUCCACACUUCUAUUCUGGAUCUACAAAAUAUGACAUAUAUAACAAUAUUGUUGUUGUUAUUGUUGUUAUUGUUGCUGUUUAACCCCAGAUUAAAGAUCUGACAGAACAAACCUAUAAUUAAUCCUUUUGUUAUUAUAUUUCUACUGACAAAUAUUGGUUUUUAUUUCAAAUGAAAUGAAGAAUUUAUUAAAAUAACUUUGUUAAUAUUAAGCCGGUGUAUAAAACAUGAAUUAAUACAAAUUUUUGUUCAAAGGUUUUAAUUUAGACUCCUUUAAAACAAUAAGUUUGUUUCAUAGAACCAUGGGUUGUCUCAAGUGGGUUGGUAUUAAAAGGGCUGGUGUUUUUCCUUUCAACAGGGGAGUAUAUUUUACAAUGUAUUAUUUUUUAAAAUCUUUGGUUUUUUUUUCUAAAAACAGUAGUGCAAAGCCUGAAGGAGAUUUAGCUGCUAUUUCUAGCAAGUAGAGUGACCUUGUUGAAAUGGUGUUGGUGGUAUUUAUUGUGGUGUAAGCAGUGUUGAUAAAUGUUUUAGAAAUA